GGCAACCGUUCCAGGUGACAGUCCGGUCGGUUAUCCAGCUUUAUAACCCCCUCCUCUCAAUGCAACUUCUCUGAAGAGCUCGAGACCAACGGAAGGGCACGUGCGGUCUGACGAAGGGGGGUCGGCCGAAGCAGCUCGAGCUCUUGUUGCGGGAUCGUGCCGCACCUGGCGGAGGCGGAGCGACUGGUCGCGUGGGAGGCGCUCGAGCAAGGAGGGGGAUGGCGGAGGUGAAGGGCGUCGCUCAAACUGGGAUCUCUCCAAUAAUCAUGGAUACCACCAGGAAGGUGCCAGUAAUUCGCAAAUCCCUCAAACCAGCAAGACCAUUACAUCGUUUAUCUACUGAACUAGAUUCUGCUGUAUGUAUUGAUUAUCUACCACCGGUUUUACAUCAAAAUGAAGUUUCAUGGAGUGAAGAGAACUGGACUAUUUCAAGUGGAUAUGCACAACGGGAAACCAAGUGGAAUGAUGUUCCAACCUUUAGAAGCAAGCAAGAUCUUAAAGGACAGGAACGACCAAUAGAAAGACGUCAUUCUGGUCAGGGAGAUGGCACAAAGAAGGGUUUUCAAGUUGAAUUCUGGCAUCAGGAAGCCUGGCAGCUUUAUCAAGGCGAGGACUUUGUGGAUUCAGGAGAUGCAGAGAGGAUUACAUACAGCAGAGAAUUCCUGAUGAAAAUUGCUAGCCUGCCUAUUUCAAAAGAGAAACCUGAGUUUUUGCCAUCUCUUCCUGUGGUAUUAGAGAGGCCAAGAGAGAGGUUGUAUGGAAGUGGACGGGGUUUAUGUUUUGCUUACCAAAAGAUGGCUACCAAUCAUCAUGGAAUUGCUGGCUGAUUGACAGUUGUAAAUCAAGUCCUGAACUCACUUGGAAGGUGCUUAUAUUCUGUUUAAUAUUUCUAAACAUAUCUACCGGACUUUUGGAUCUUUAUGGGAAGAACUCAUCCAACUUUACUCAACAACUGGAAGAUUUUCUUUUUUCAGUGAUGAGGUUCAUGAUUAAUUUCUUUUGAUUCUAAUUAAUCAAGAUGGUGAAGUACCACAUUUGUAAAACAGCACUUUUGGUAGAGUUUGUGCACUUGAAAUAAAUUGAAAAUGGGUUAACAAAUAUUUUUUUAUGUAGCAAAUGAAAUACAUAGAAAGGACAAUAUUGUAAUUCUGGCUCUCUCUUUUGAGGGAUAGUUAUUGGAUCAGUUACCACAGAGACCAUUUCACAUCCUGGAGGCAACAUGGUAUCCAGAGGCCAUGCAUAAAAAGAAAGAUUUUUUAAAAAAUCAUUAUGUUAAACAUUUUAAUCCAGACACCUUAUCUGAAACAAAAUCUUUAGUUCUGUGCUUUUCACCUGCAGUGUGUAUUACCUACGAGUAAAAAGAUUAGAUUACAUUAGCUCUGACAAGGUCAUCCUCCUGUUUGGUGUUAUCUUAUAUCUACAAGGUAGGACUAUCCCAGUUAUCCAAUGAGAGAUAUCAAAGGUACAUUCCUUUUAAGAAAUUAAGGAGUUAUACUACGUUAUCCUUCCUGUGCUAUACAGACCUUGAUUUCUGAACAGUUAAGCUAUUAGAAAAGUCUUUUCACUUGAACUGUUGUUUCCAGCAACCACUCUUCUGGCAUUAUUGGGAUUCACAGUAGGUAAGACAGGAUGGAUUUCACACUUCCACGUUGGAAGAUCCUUCUACAUCUUUUACGUGUAUAUGAGCAUGUAACUAGAAGUUGGACCUCUAUAUCUCAAUGUCGACCCAUAUGUAACAUUAGACCAAGGAGCAGGUCAUACUAAUAGGGUAUAAAUAAUAAUGAGAGCUACUACAUGUACAUGUUUUACAACGUAGUCUCUUUAGCAUUUGCCUUGUACCCCUGAGCUUCAAAGAUUUACACCACGCACUGCCAAUUAGCAGAAGUGCAUUAUGAACCAAGAAAAUAAUUUCCUAAAUUUAGUCUUCAUAAGCUAUGUAUAAUACUCUAGUUUUUGCACAACAAUAUCCAUGUAGAAAGAUUUAAUUUUCUUAUUAUUCAGUGCUCAUUUUAUGCUCUACUGCAUGAGCAUAUGGAGAAUGAAUAUGUGUUGAAAAUAGCCAGUGGUAACUCAGAUUGCUUACAGCUUUCUUAUCAAGUCAGAUACCAUUAUUCACAAGCUUAGAAUUCUUUAAAUGUUUAUGGCUGGCACCAGAGAAGUGGUCUUUUUUUGUUUUCAAGAAGCUUGUGUUUUAAACUCAGUUUAAAAUCCCUCGUGUAGGUAAAGACCUCAAGGUAUAUGGUAUGAAGCAUAUAUUUAAGCAAUCUUGAUUGAGAAUUAAACUGCCUACAAAAUUAUCACAGCUAGCACUGUAGCUACCAGAGUGACUAAAAAAGAGGUUGAUGAGAUCUUUGUGAUGCUGUCUGGUGGGAUCUUCAGAUUUCAAUUAAUUGAAUGGUAAAUUAAUUGUUCUGUGUGUUCUGUGUUCUCCAUAAGUUUUCUGUAGCAUCCUAUUGUAGAAAUUGGCUAAAGAUCCGUCAGUGUGCCUUUGGAACUGAAACAAUAGCUUUAAAACUUUCAAUGAAGGAUUCACUCAUUUGGUUAUACUUUGGCCUGUUGAAUAAAUCCUCAUGUACACAUUUGAUUUUUUCAGUCUGCUUCCUGCACCAGUGAUUGAUCCAAUGAACAUCCACGGACAGUGGAUAAAGAUUAAAUUCAUUACAAUUCUCUAAACCAUCUCACCCCUAAAAUUGGUAGGAACACUGAUAAUACCUCUGAAUUAUAGAUGUUUACCUCAUAUGUCACAACUACUUUCCCAGAAUAAUUAUUUCAAAUAUCCAGGUGGUUUAAGUUUCCUCAUUGCAGCAUUCUAUAGGUUACUAUGAGUCUAAGGUCUUAUCUUCAUUAUUCUAAUCAAUAGUGUAAGUUCAUGUUUUGAUCAGUACCUUUUGUGAAAUUUUUAAAGUUAGUUCUGAAUUUGUCUUUAACUGGUUUGACCCUGUUGUUCCUUCUCUUCCUUUCGCAUUUUACUUUACUUAAUUUUCCACAUUUACCUUUUCAUACUAUUUGCAGUCUCACAUACCUUCACUGAGAUCUCUUAAUACAUCUCUCCAGGCUUCUAAUUCAAAUUUCUCCGUUUAGCUCAGACUCUGAGACUAGGAAUCAACCUUGUGACUUUUCUGCAUUGCUUCCAGCACUUUGGAAAGCAAAAGUAAUGACCCUGUGCCGACAUGUUAUAGCAUACCUCUGUGGGACUUAAAGUCAGACUACCAGGUCCAUUUGGCCUACCACUGCAUUACAAGAACCAAUCAAUCACUUGAAUGCCUACUUUAUUUCUCAAUGACCAGAACAGCAUACACUACGCAAGAUGUUGUCUGCUCAGAGUGCAGUACCAUUUGAUUGACCUCCUUUGACGGAGAUUCUAUUAAUUUGGUUAUAUAAUUAAAGGUUCAGUGCUUGGGCCUCAGUUAUUUACAAUUUCAAACAGCUACUUUGGUGAAGGGACCGAGUGUAAUGUAUAUGUGUAAUGUUUGUCAAUGAUACCAAGUUAGGUAGGAAUGUAAAAUGC